GAGACGUCAAAAAUGAAAUUGUCUGCAAAAUGUCAAGAAUCUUUGCAAAGGUAAAAAAACAUACAAUAAGCAAAGAUCACAUGCACUUUGCAAUGUGCAUGGGCAAGCUAAGAUCAGAUCGCCAAUUUCAAUAUUAAUAUCACUAAGUCCAAAUCUGCAAAACCAUAAGGCAUAUCAUGGACUCUAUGGAAGCUGGCGUGCACAGACUUGACGAUGGCACUAUCAUCCAUGUGUGUGACUGUAAAUCCUGUCUUCGUAAAACAGGCGGGAGGAAUUUACGUGUUUCCAAAGCUACUUACUUCAGACAUAAGCCCAGCAGAUGCACAUCAAUCUUCCUUCCUCCGAUCGCUCUGAGCAUUGCGCCAGAUCUCCCAUCACCAGAUCUUCGAUGCACCCCUCCACCAGCUGCAUCCUCAUCCAGCAAGAGGCCUCAGGAAGAUCUCGAUGGUGGGGGACCUAUAAAUCAGAAAAAGGGACGUUCUGACAGCCCAGAACUAGUGCAUACAUCUGAGCCUGACCCCCACCCUGAUGACACUCAUGAAGAUUUUUAUCAGUAUGAUGGCCUCAAGUAUGACACCAUACCUGAGGCGCUUCCUGACAAUUGGCUUCCUGAUGAGGUGCUUCUAGAAGAGGACCAAAAUUCCGACCAACCUCGUGGUUCUCAAGGUGUCGCACAGCCAGACCAACAACCACUGGUGGCACCUAUUGAUCAUAUCAACGAUCUCGAUCAAAACAGAGAAGAGGGGAACGGAUCAGAGGGGAAUGGAGCAGAGGGGAACGGAGCAGAGACAUGA